UACUACGAUCUUUGAUUUACUGUGGUGCGUUGAAUUGUUUGUUUAUGUUUUUAGUGUUGUUAUGAAAUGAUGCUGCGCCGACUUGUUUCUCGAACUAGACGUUUAUUUGCACUUGAACCUGUAGUUAACUUUGCACCUUCAUCAUAUAAAAACUGCAGAUAUUUCUGUGAACACCGGAAUAAUUCUGUUGAAGACUCAAAGAAACAAAAUGAAGAGACUCAGAUUUCGGGGGCUUUUGCGGGCAAAUACCGCAUAUUUAGGGAUGAGGAUUCGCCUAUAAUUCUAGAUGUUCAAGAAGAGAGACUUAUUAGUGAUGGCGUUGCCCAAGAUAUUGAAACACACGAAGACUUCGACGAAUUCUAUGGAUUAUCUCUUGCUCGAGGAGUGACUGGUGUUUUUGAAAUAGAGGAACUUGUGAGUAUCCUCAGGAGAGAGAAUAUGUUAGAUAUUUUUGUUGUGUCAGUACCUCCUGAAAUUAAGUAUGUGAAUUACAUGGUAAUAGUCACUGGAAAAUCACCAAGGCAUAUGUAUGCAACGGCAGAAUUUGUAAGAAGAGUUUUCAAAAAGAAACGACACCCACAUGAUAGAAUACCAGAGAUAGAAGGUAAAGACUCAAAGGAUUGGAUUGCCAUGGAUCUAGGUAAUAUUGCAUUGCACAUUUUUUCCAAAACUGCAAGACUGACUUAUGACCUGGAAUCAUUAUGGUCUGUUGGAGCUGAAUAUGACAGACUUAGUAACAAGAAAGAUGAUCCAGUGGUGGAAUUACUCUUGCAGCAUUCUGUAUUUUUAGGAGACAUAAGGCCUUCAGAAACCAAAGGUGCUGUGAGCAGUGAUCUCUGAUAUAAUCACUGCCAGAAACAGUAACCAAUUGAAGUCAAGACACAAUCACUUUAGUUCCAGAAGAAGCUGAGCAACCAUCAAAUUGUUUCUGAAAAGUGAAACCAAGGAACUUAACUGAAUCAGGAAAUCAUAUUUUAUCAAGAAUUGUACAUUCAAACUGAAAUACUUGUGUUUAAUGUAUUGUAUGUUAAUGAAUUAGGAUU